CUUAAAGGCAACAAUGACAUUAAGUGUCUGCAGCAAGCAUCAGUCAUUUGAAUUGCAAUAAUGUUUGUACCUACUGUGAAAAUACAGGUAGGCAUUUUUGUUGUCUGAGAACAUUGUACCAUAACCUACCACAAAACAUAAACAUUUGAAUAUAGUAAUUAGAAUUUUUUUCUGUCUGUAGAAUUAUUACUAACACAUUAUUACAAACCUUUAUUAUUACAAAGAAGUGAAUGUGCUAGCUAGUAUGGCUCUUAGGAGAGAUUAGGCAAAUGUAGGUGUCAAUGAGUACUACGGGCAGUAGGACCACAGGGAUGGCAGUAGAGUGAAAUAGAGACAAAGGGUGAAAUUAAGUUUCAAUAUUGUCUGUAUCAAACUAUUAAAGAUAGCUUUCGCUUUAAGUCUCCAUAUGACACACUCGUCUGAUUGGUCAGGUAGGCGGGCCUUCUGUGUCUCGCAAUCAAUGAACAAACCGCUUCACUUUCACAGGCCCAUAGAUUAAUCUCAUUGGCUCUGCGAACAGACGGACACCAAGGAAGGUAGUUUGAAUUUUGUUGAUCCACGGUACCGUACAUGCGUGCAGACCAUAAAGUACAUUCUACUACUAUAAUAUUACUGUACUGAUAAUAUUUGGUGCAUGGUUAAGUAAAGGAUAUUCACAUACGAGUUUUAUUAGCAGUCUGUUGACACUGUUUUUAACUAGUAUUGGAGGAUGCCCCGCCGCGAUCUUGACACUUCCACUGCAAGUCGACGCAAGGGCAAGGCACCAAAGCGUCGGCCUCCAGUCCCAGCCCUGCCCGCUUCACCACGGCGGAGUGGACCUUUAGCCUCUGCAGGUCCUUCGCACUCUCCCCGUAAGAAGAAAAGGUUCCGCCCCGGCACCCGAGCUCUGAUGGAGAUCCGGAAGUACCAGAAGAGCACCGACUUGCUUCUGCGGAAGGGACCGUUUGCACGCCUGGUUCGGGAGGUGUGCCAGACAUUUAGCAGGGACUACAUGAGAUGGCAGGUGUAUGCCCUACUGGCCUUGCAGGAAGCUGCGGAGGCUUUCCUUGUGUUAUUGUUUUCUGAUGCUUACCUCUGUACCAUCCACGCCAAGCGUGUAACGCUGUUCCCACGAGACAUUCAACUUGCACGACGAAUUCGAGGAGCAGAUCAUCUCUGAGAACAUCAAGCUAUUAUAUUAUAUAUCCUGUGGUGUGGUGAUCCCAGGUGCGUCUUUUGGCUCUUUUCCUUAAUUGGUCUCUUGGGAUCGCUUUCUGCUGCCUCAUGCCCCGAGAUAUUCCCGCCUUCC